AGUGACUCAGUCUAGGCUACUAGUGCGGCGGAUCUUCAACAUGAUGUAUGGUGGGUAUCCAUUCAACUAAAUACCUGAUUUGACUCCAACCAAGUACAGAUCAACAGAUACAAAACAUUUCCCGUCCUAGGCUAUGUACACCUUCACGUUACCGCCUUUGAUGUCCAGGGUCCCAAGUUUCAGUUUAGUAGUCAUUCUGUGCCGCCAUACUUGGGAAUCAGAACGUAUAUAAAAUGACCAUCGCGUUUUCUACUUGUAUCGACCAUGUUUGAUUCCCCCUCGUCCACUUAUCUGCUUGAUUUUGAAGUUGUCGAGAUCGAACCCAAGCUCCCUUCAUUUACCCAUCGUCCCUCUCCAUACUGCUCCACUAUUCAAAUGGACCAUCGAAGAAGAAAUUUCGAGUAUUCGGUGGCAAAAAGUAUUGCUGGUCCUGGAAUCUCUUUGACUGUCUCUGGUGACUCCAGGAUAUCGAACGAACUCCCUUCGUUCCUGGAGGGUGACAAAGUCACUGGAGCAGUACGAAUAUCCGCGAACAACGGCGAGGAUAUUAGAGCUGUUCAUGUAUCGUUGAAAGGCCGGAUCCUGACAGGUCGGAACUCGGACGCGGUUUGCACUUUCCUAGACCUUCGGGAAACCCUGUGGACAGCAGAAUCCGGAGAUAUCGAAGCUCAUAGAGAUCUAACAAAUGAGUCCGACUAUAUUUGGCCUUAUUCCCUGCUUUUGCCGAAGAAAGUGGUGAUCUCACAGAACGACGGCGAAAAAGGACAAGUGUUUGCGCUCCCUCAUACCUUUUCGGAAGCAGGUGUUCCGGCUCGAGUCCAUUACGAAAUGGCGGUCUCCCUAAAACAAAGUAGAUGGAAAAUGAACAGAAGGAUUACCACUGAAAUUGUCUGUUUCCAAAUCAAACGAACUCGGCCCCGAAGUGGAUACAUUUCAGCAGUUACAAGUUUUGAUGCUGCGGCAGAUAGAGUAACUUGCUGGAAAGCCUUGGAGUUCAAUUUCACCGGGACUGUAUCCCAAUUUCAGCCACGAACAGUGGAACUACUUUGUACUUUAUCCUUGAAAGAUUCAUUAUGUUACACUCGGGGAUCCUCCAUACCUCUGCUCCUCAAGAUAAGAUGUCAAGAUAAACAAGCCCUUGAAUCAGUUGCCUCCCCAGAUGCUGUAGUUGUUCAACUCAACCGACGCAUCAACUACAAGGAUGUGCAAAUGUGCGGGGGCAAAUCAUCCCGUUGGUCAACUGUGGUAGAGAGUGUAGGUGUGGCUACAUGGAUGAAUCAUGAAGAAAUCUCCUCGGGGCCUGCUCUUUCAGAUUACUACCAUUCCACUCUAAUUGGAAAACUAGAGCUGAAAAGCGGUCUAGUUCCCUCUGCUAUCAUCGCGAACUUGGCUAUAGAGUAUUUUCUAUCUGUCCAUCCUUUCUCAUCGCCCGCAUUCCAGCCCAAAGACAAUAAGUCAGCGUUAUUACUGUCCCAAACGAUCCAAAUAACCACAGAUCUCACAAAGUCUAGCUCACAGAAUAGAGUAAUUUAGUAUCGAUAGUAGUCCCGUCGUAUCCUAUACUUCCAAUUGUUCACUAAGUAUACCCCUCCUAUAAUUUUACCUCAUAAUAUGUUAUUCUUAUUGUCUUC